AAAGGUAACAAGGAAGACGUUUUUGAUUCUCUUUUAUACAAACGGUUUAUGAAGCAGCAAACGUGUUUAAUCUUUUUUAAAAUGUGAUGAACAUACUUAUAAUUACAUAAGUGUACACAAUGUCGGAUUUUGUGUCUAUGACGGAAUUAAUAACACAAGACUAUCUGUGUUACCAACUUCAAAAGUCAGGCUACGAUUUUGAAACUUUUUCAAAAUGGCCGACGGUAUAUUGUCAAGGAUGCAAAUCGAAACUAGAGACAGAUGUGUUUACGCGUUGCUUUACUUGCGAAGAUUCCAAAAUGUACACGGUUCCGGAAGAAAAGUCAGAUGAAGCUCAAUGUCAGAGAGAAUUAAAGCUCAUGCGAAAAACGUGUGAUAUCUUUGAAGACGAUUUCGAAAAGGGAUUUGAAAUAGAUACUGCAAACAUUAAUCCAAAUAAAGCAACAGUGCUGAUAACUCUUUUGCAAGAGGCCGAUAACUUAUUUAAAAAUGAAACAAACUCGAAGGGCAUCGUAUAUUUGCUGAUCAUCAGCGGAGAAUUGGCAAAAAAAUGUGCAGAAAAAGGCUAUGAUUCUGAAGUCAAUAGUAUUCAACGCAUAACAAGCUGGUACAUCAACGAAAAACUAGGUCCAUGGAUAAACGAACAUGGCGGAUGGGAAUGCUUCUUCAAAUGGUCAGAAUCCAUCAACAAAUUCUACGAUGCAUUUAUGGAAAUAGUACUUCAUUUUAUGGCAUGGAUAAGGCCAGGAGUUCUAUCUAUGGAAUCAGUCCCGCUACAAUCUUUUGGAUAGUGCUCCCGCCAAACCACGCCAAUACUUUCAAUAGUAUUUCUUCAAAAUGGAAUUCAGACGUUGUGUUCCUGACGUCUUCACGAGAUUUGCUGCAGUUUAAAAACAAGGAAAAGGGUCGUAGUGUGGAUGUAAGGAAUAUUUUAACAUGUGAUGAUGAAUUUAACAUAAUUAAAUGAAUUAUAUCUCACCGUGCUAAACAUAACACUUUAAUGGAUUUGUAAUUUUAUAUUUUGUCUUUUAAUUGCGUUCUCCUACUCUGUAUGAUGAAGUUUAUUUGAUGUACUGUUGGUAUGUUUGAUAUAUCUAUUGCAUGCUAGAUUUUACUAAAUUAAAAUAAAUUUAACUGAAAUAUCAUGAAGAUAAUUUUCUUAAGCUCUUAAGAAUGUUAUUAGUACACAUUGUAUACCAAAACAAAAAAAAAUGAGCUUAGCUUUUUACUGCUGUAAUGGUUUCGAGAAUUUGUAUUUGUGUUACUGUACAGGACGUAAUUAAUCAGAACUAGUUCAUUUUAAUUUUGCUGCAGAUUGUUAAACAUAUGAUGUGCCGUUUUAUACAAUAUUUUCUUUUCUGUGGGUUUGAUGUUUUGCCUUUCUUGUAUGUACAUAUUAGUUUUUAGAUCUAAGGCCAGAAUAAUUUAUGCGAUGUCGUGUUGUACGCCGUCCGUGCGUCCGUGCGUCUGUAAACAAUUGGUUUGUGAACAUGAUACAGUCUUUUGUUUGGAUAGUGUAUCUUGAUGAAACUUGUACAGUAGGGAGCUCGGAUGAGAGCUCGGAUGAGAGCUCGGAUCCUUUCGAAAUCCAGCCAGAUUCGCCAAAAUAUAUUACUCUUGAAAUAAUAAAACAAAUGCGUUUUUAGCCAAUAUAUAUAUAUGAACAACUACAGAAACAAGAUCAGUAGCCAAAAACUUUCAAAGUCUAGAGUUAAAGAUUGACAAAAUAAUUUAAGCUAGUGCAUUUGGUUUUAUAUUUCAAUAUCCCAUGCCCUUGUUAAAAAGAGAUCAAAAUUAUAGUUUAGGGGUUGGUUGAUAUUUAAAUACAUUGGCCAAUGCCAAUGGCCAGAACAGUCCAUGCGAUGGUGUAGGGUCUGUCAUUCUUGCGUCUGUCUCGGCAUCAUUUCUUGUGAAUGUUGUUCAAAAAUAUGUCCCUGCUGUUAUUACUGGCCACGCCCCGGGGAUCACAAGUUUGGUAUACUUAUAUAAGGACAUUUUUGAAAAUCUUUUUGUCUGAAACCGCUAGGCAAAGCCCCCCUUGAUAUUAUUAAAAAGGCACCAUUUAGAGGUCCUCUACCAAGAUUGUUUAAAUUAUACCCAUGGGGUCAAAACUGGCCCUCCCAAGGGGUCACAAGUUUUCUAGACAUUUAUAUAAGCCAAACUUUCAAAUUAUUCUUGUUUCAAACCACAAGUCGCAUACCUUUGAAAUAAGUUGUGGAGCAUCGUAUGAUGGCCGUCUACACAAGAAAGUUGAAACUAUGCUCCUGGGGCCGAAGCUGGCCCCACCCUUUUUGACCUACUUUCUUAUUUUCAAAGCUACAGCAAUGCAAUACGGACCAUGUGUACAGUUUUGAAAACAAAUAUUGUGUUGUGCUUGGAUGGCCUUGAAUUUGACUUUUGAUCUUCUUUCUUAUAUUUGACGCUACGGCAAUGAAAUUUGGAUCAUAUGUACAGUUUUGGAAACAAAUAUUUAUUUUGGAGUUUGAUGACAUUGUUUGUAAAAUUUUGACCUUCUUUCUUAUUGUUGAAACUACAUAAAUGAUAAUGGACCAUGUGUACAGUUUUGAAAGCAAUAAGCAAUGCUAUCUUUGGAUGACCUUGUUGUUGGCAUUUCGACCUACUCUCUUAUUAUUGAUGUUACACAAUGACAUUUAAUUAUGUUUUGCUUGGAUGACCUUGAUUUUGACAUUUUUACCUAGUUUCUUACUCUUACUAACCAUUAACUGUGCAUGCUUAUUUUCUGAUCAUUGUUUUCCACAUAUCAGUGUAUAUUUGUAAAUUAUUACGUCUUUAGCCGAUUAUCUCUUUCAUAAAAAUGCAUAUUGUUAAGAUUUAAGACGAAACAUUCUUUCUGCCAAUUCCUUAAUAUAAAGGUUACUUUCUGUGUAAAUACUUUUUUUUAGUAGAAAUGAUGGUGAAAACACUUGAAUAUAUUACCUCAACGAAGAUUUUCACAUCCUAAGGAUAUUAUAUACAAAUUUAAUUUAAAUGAUGUUAAGUCAUUUAAUUGUUUUGCUUUUCUGAGAAUGAAUGUGGACUCAGACCUUAGACUGUUUGUUAUCAUUUCCACAAUGGGCUUUAUUUCAAGUAAUAAUGUAGAAGCGUCGUGUGAAAUGUAUUUAAAAAAAAACAUCAUUAAGUACAUCAUUUUGCAUGAAUUAGUGCAUUUCAGCGAUCAAAGUGAUCAUUUUUCAAUUUAUUCUCAAACACUCGAUUUUGACUGUAGGGAUGGCUAUUUUAAAGGAGUCUAAAAUCAUCAAUAUAUUGAUCCAACUGUAAUUCUAACUGUUUUAUAUGUGAAUGAAAAUAAGUACAAUAUAAUAUUAGGGGUUUAUGACCUGUUGUUUACAUGUUUUACGUUUUCUGAUUUCGUCACUGUAUUAUGGUAUAUGGUUGUUGGGUAAACCUUACCUUCAUAGUUGUAAAUAAAUUAAAAUACACUU